AUGCGCUCUUCGGUGAGCUACAUACUGUCUCACGCCCCAGGAGAAUCGGUGAUGUCGCAUCCGGACUACGCUCAGCACACCCAGCACCAUGCGUGCUUGCUGGUGCUCGUCAAGGGAGUCGGAGGCACGCUGAAAAACUUUAACAAGUUCUGGGAGAGAAUUCAGAGAGUCAAUAACAUUAAAGUUACUGAUUCAACGGGACAAGUGAGAGAUAUCUGGGUGCGGUAUGUGAGGGACUAUCCUGUUGAAAACAAUGACUGGGGAGAUUUCCAGACUCACAGGAGGCUGUUAGGCUUAAUAACCCUAUGCAAGUUUACAAAUCAAAUAGAACUAAAUGAAGUCUGCAGAGUACAUGAGUCGCUCAAAGUGAAGUAUUCCAACACAUUGUAUGACUCAAGAGCUUUUAUGUUCGGACCAGGCAGCAAUAUGAAAAAGCCUGAGCAGGAACCAGAGUUAUACAGCCUUUUAACUGAUGAUAAAGUCUCUAAAGAAAGCAGCAUGAGUGAUAAAGGAUCCCUACCAAGCGAACAACCAGACAGCUUUUCCUCAUCAGAAAGCUUUCCACAUUCCAUCACUUCAACAGCUUCUUAUCCCCAAGAGGAAAACUUUACAACACCAUCCAACUUCAAAACACAUGCCAUGUUUUACGGAGAGAGUGAUCCAGUACCUGACUUAGAGCAAAAUGUAGCGGAAUUGAUCAACUCUCUGUUCUGGGUUGUUGAGUCUAAACGCCUUGAAAGAUCUAGGGAGAAACUAGAGAAAGUUUCACUGCUUUUGGCACCGUUUGAGAAGAAGGAUUUUGUAGGUCUUGAUAUGGAGUCUCGCAAUAAUAAAAAGCGCUGUAUGGGGCGCGUCACCAAAAAUCUGGCAGAUCUUACACUACAAGCUGGUCUUGUGGCAGACAGUCUAAGUUUAUACCAUUCAGCUGCUGAAAUACUGAAGUCUGUCAAUGAUUGGCUCUGGUUGGCUGCGGCAAAAGAAGGUCUCUGUGCAGCAUCAGCUAUACUUCUCUAUCCAAACUUACGGAACCCAACUACGCUGCAGAGAAAUGCAAGCUUGCAAGAAAGUUCUCCUAACAAGACAAAAGAGCUAUCAUUAUUCCAGCCAACAGACCAGUUCAGAAAGGCUAAACUAACUUCGUCACCAUUGAGAAACUCUAAAACUUCCAGCCCAGUAAACCCCCCUAGCGAACUGACUCCUACAUCGUCGGACAGUAUAGAAACCUCCUCAAGGCAAUCCGAAACUGAUAAUGCAGACACCGAAUCUAUAGCUUCAUCUAGCGAUAUAGAAUAUCAGUCUAGAUCUUACCUAAGUUCAGACAUACCUUCAAUACCUAGACAGCCUCCUUCGCAAUUUAAUAACCAGUAUUUGUUGAAUGGCGAAGAAAUUGCCGAGAAGUAUCGGAAAGCGAUAAUACAUUAUAGUAAAUAUCAAAACGCUGGUAUCAUUGAGACUGAGGCGUGUUUCAAGGCGGCCAGAAUUGCGGUCGAACAGAAUAAUAGUUUGCAUGCAUCUAGUUUCCUGCAGAAUGUUAUUUUUAUUAAUUUAACACUGAGUGAACAGGAAAAAAUACAGAGAUUUGACACUCUUGCAGAACUUUAUAAAGAAAUUGGUUUCCUUCGUAAAGCCGCAUUUUGUCAAAGACUGGCGGCAACCAGACAAGUUAGCCCAAAUAAUCCCAAUCCAGAUUGGCAAAGGUGUUACUACCUCAUGCUGAAUAGUUUCCCAGGGCAUAAGCUUAGUUUGGACCCAAAUUAUGUGAUCCAACAUCAAGUUGGUUGGCCGGCGCUGCAGAUUCAGUUAUUACAAGAGUUGGUGGUGGCGGCUCGCAGGAUGGGCCACCCCGCGCUCGCCACACGCCACAUGACCUUCCUACUGCAGACCAUGUGGCCACAUCUCACUAAACAAGAGCAUCGGGACUUGGCUAUACAGCUUCAGGCGCUGUCGGCGCAGUGCGAGGGCGGGCCGGUGCCGCUGGUGCUGGAGUGCGGCGCGGUGAUCCCGCCCGCCAACCUCACGCACGCGCCGCGCUGCGCGUGGUUCGGCCCGCGCGCGCCGGCUCCUGCGCACGCGCCGCGACCUCGCGCCGCCGAGCCCGCGCACGGACCGUUCAUCUUCACGCCCAUCGUCAAGCUCGGCAGCCUCGAGCGAAACGCCAAGAAGGAUGAGGGGAAAAUGGAAUAUUUCUGGGUCGAAGACGAUAUUUGCGAAGUUCAGAUGAAACUAGUCAAUCCCUUACCGUUCGAAUUGAAAGUUUCAAAUAUGCGGCUUUUAACACAGGGAAUUGUAUUCGAGUCCAUCCCUGAAACAAUAAUUCUUUGCCCUGAUUCCCCCACAACUGUCAACUUACACGGAACCCCGAAAGAAGUCGGAGAAUUACAAAUACUUGGCUAUUCGACUCACACUCUUGGUGUUAAAUCAAACUGUCGACUUAAAAAUAUGCCGAUGCCUAACAAAUUUCCGCCGUCGUUCACAAUAAAAGUUAUUCCGAGCCUUCCUACUAUAAGUGUCGAGACGAUUGUGGCGCCAUCUGGUCAUAUAAGUUUGUCAAGUGUGGAAAAUGUGGGUACUACGACAAACGUCUCUUUGUAUAACGGCGAAAGCACUGAAUGCACCAUUAAGAUCACUAAUACUAGCAAUGUCCCCAUAGAAUAUCUUGAGUUAUCGAUUCAGGCAAACAUGGACAACCAACUUCAAUCUAAAAUAUUCCAAUACUCCAACGACGCUAUCCUGGCACAGUUACCAAUACCGCCGAACGAAACCGCAUCUAUUGCUAUGAAGCUGUAUGGCGAAGCGGAUUUCUUAGACCUAGGUGGUGGUGGAACUGACAAUUUGUUUCCAAACAGCCUGACGUCCAACUAUCCUUCAAGAGUUGGAUCUCCGGUACCGAACGCCCAAACGUCGCUCCCUACACAGAGUUCCAAUCCGCAUACUUCACUAAGUAGCGGAUUGAUGGCGAAUAGAACCUCAGGGAGUUUUAGAUCCAACAACUCUCAUACAACAAGUUGGUCUGCCCCAAUAUCUGUGAUGCCACCGUCGCGAGGUCGUCAAAUUGAAGCUCAGUUGAUAAUAAGAUACUCUGGUGGCAAAGGAAAAGAAGAACAUUGUCGUCAAUCUACUCUACAAAUAAAUUUAGAAUUACUGCCGAGCGUUUCGAUAACGCAUUGGGACGUAUUGCCGGCAGAAAUACCAUCUCAACUCUACCUAGUUUUAGAUGUAUCUAACUUGACAUCUGAGGAAAUGGAGUUCCACUAUGCUCCUAGCAAACAUAUUUUGAUUGAAAGCAAGGAGUCUUGCAGGGUACCUGUGCCUUUGGAUCGCUGCCCGUUCAACACUACUACUAAAACUGUUGAAGAAGAAUCGAUUGAAUCAAAAUCGAUAAGCACUGGCGCCUCUACGAACAGCCUUGAGCUGAUGUGUUCGGAGCACAUCACUAACAACACGGACCUGCGGUGGAGGCUCAUGCAGUCCGAUAUAACUGGACGCGCGUCUGUCAAGGGCAUCACUCUAUCGCAGACUAUGUUGGAUAUCGUGAGAAUGUCGCCUUUGAAGUGGGAAGUGAGUUUAAACAAUCAAUGCAUAAAACCGCAAGAGGAGUACAACUGUACGGCCGGCGAGUGCCUCUCGCUGGGUGUGGCCGUUUGGAACCAUCUCAGCCGACCGCUGCACAAGCUGUGUCUCUCAGUGCAGUUCUACCAAGAUUAUAACAACGGCGUUCUUAGCUACAAGCUGGAUAAUAGAGUCGCUACUGCAGGAAAUAACAAGGUGGUACUUUCAUCGCUGCCCGAGUCAACAAAAGCGUACCAUGAAUGUACGGUGGUGUUCUUAACUCCAGGCGAGUACAAGAUUGACAUUCAAUGUUCAACCACCGAAGCUAUACUGGACGAUACGCCGAUCAUCAAGGAACCGGACCAUCCGCCCAUUAUAACGUCUUGUGCCGGCGAAAUAAGUCACGUGUGGAGAUUCAUACCCCCAGUAGCUAUAAGUGUAACCGAUUGAUAUAUCAUAUUAUCUUAUGUAAUUUGAAAAUGUAUAAGAACUGUAAUUAAAAUAUGUCUUAUUCAUUUAUCUGUACCUAAUAAAUAUUUUGAAUAUACCGUG